AUGCUUGAUCCUCACAGUAGUGUUGAAGAUGAUAUUAACAUAGAGGAAAAAGCCAACACCAUGGGAGCAACAAGAAACAUCAAUGCAACUAGAAUAACAGCAUUGCAAGAAAGGAAAAAACACAUAGAAGACACUCUCACUCAAAGAAAUUUAGAAUUGAGAGAACUAUGUAUUCAGGAAGCAGAACUGACUGGAAUAACUCCUCCAGAAAUGCCAUUAGAGCCAGGAGAAACUGCUCCACUCAUAAGACGUAGAGUUGGCACAGCUUAUCAGUUGCCUGAGAAACUUAUAAAAAAUGCCAAUAAUAAUAAAGAUGAAAUGAUUGCUGAACUGGAACUGCAAAUUCAAGUACAUGCUAAUAUGGCUGAUGCUGCUCUAGGUUUAGCAAAUGAGCAUAAUAUGAGCAAGACCAUGAAGAGACAGCAUAGAACUGAAUAUCAAAAAUACAAAAAACAGUGCAUGGAUCUACAAGAAAAAUUGUCUGUUUUAAAAGAGAGAGCUGCAGCAGAACACCUCAAACAGAAGAAAAAACUGAGGACUCCAGAUGCAGUUGAUGAUAACAUGUCGCUUAGCACAAUUAUCAAUGAUCCAUAUGGUAAAUCAGAUGCCCGACAUAGCUUGUGUUCGCUAAAGCACAAUGUGCCGAGCACUGUUGAGUACAGGUAUCCACGAGACACCCUCAAACCGACAUAUAGGUUGUCAGAAAUACCUCAUGUUGGCCAUCAAUCCUCAAAACAAGAGGAUCUUUUGAAUUCGGGAUUUUAUAGACUAAGCCUCAAUGGGUACAACAAAUAUAUGGAAAGGCGUGAAAAUAUAAACAACAUUUAUCCGUCGCCAAGCUACAGUAUACAGCAUCAGAAUGUAUUCCAGUACAACAUGAUGCACAACUAUCAAAUGCAGUCUCAACAGCAACACACCCUACACUACCAACACGCUAGUCCACACACGUCACAACACAGUCCACAUUUGUCACAACACAGUUCCCAUUCGUCCCAACACAGUCCGCAUUUACCACAAAACAGUCCCCACUUGUCGCGACAUAGCCCACAUUUGUCUCAGCAUAGUCCACAUCUACCGCAGCAUAGUCCACAUCUACCGCAGCACAGUCCACAUUUACCGCAACAUAGCCCACAAGUACCACAGCAUAGUCCACACAUGUCCCAACAUAGUCCACAUUAUGCUCACUUGUCACAAAGUAGUUCACAUUCUUCACAGCACAGUCUCAUGUCCCAACAUAGUCCCCAAAAAUCGCAACAUAGUCCCCAGAUAUCUCACCGUGCCAGUCAAUAUCAGCAGUACGCUUCAGAUUUUGCGGAAUCUGGUAACAGGCAAUCUAGUCCCACAGCGUCACUUUCACCAAAGUCCCAGUAUUAUCCUUCUCAUGCCAUACUGAGUAAACAGGGUUAUCGACAGUAUGAGAGUGAGGUUAUGGUUAGGAAUCCACAUCAGAUCCAACCGCACCAGCAGUAUGAACAAAUGAAUGUAACGACGUCGGGUUUGGGUGGGUAUUGGAAAAAGACUGGGAAUGGAGAACAUGUCUGGUACAGUUCAAAUAUGAUUGAUGCUGCCUGGCAGCCAGAUAAAAGAUUUGGAAGUUUGGAUAGAAGGAAAACCAAAAAGAUGACGAGCCGGAUCUCGCCAAAUAUAGACAAUAAGUCGGCUACCUUAUCCUCAGUUCCUAAUUAUCAAAGUCAAGUGAGGAGUGCUUCUGUGAAAACAUCUCAGGUGAUAAACCGAAGAUCUCAGGAUGAGGGACAACUUGUCCGUACACAAUCAUUAGGCAGUGUUGGAGCUGUGACAGUGGAUAGCGUCUACCCGACAGAUGACAGUUCAUCAUUCGGAAGUGAUAAUAGACCUUUUGAUGGGUCACAAACUUUGAAGAGACAUAAAGAAAAAGAAUGGGUGGAGACUUCCUUAGAUGGCCCAGUAGCUGCCGCCCAGCCCAGGGCUCCGACCCCACAACGAUUAGCGUCGCCCCCAUUGCGAACCGACGAAAAACCCGCUAUCGAAAUACCGGCGGAAUCCAAUCCAUCGCUGAAGACGACCGACCCGAACAUCGAAAUACUGAACAACAACAUACCGAAGAAUUGCAUGGUAGUGCAAGCAGGUCACUGCAAACCGUACCACGAGGAGACGAAGCCCUUCGAAAUGUCCGAUUUUUAUAAAUACUCAACGAAAUUCAAGAAAUCGCCGGUCAAGCGGACCGACGUACCUAAUGGAGGGCAAAACGGUGGUAAUCCGAAUGCUCAGAGGAGUUUGGGGGAGACAUUCGAGGAGAACUCACCGUCUCCAUAUUCGCCUACUUCCCCAAUAUACACCAACAACAUGACCAGUAGGACAGCCCUGGAGGAGUCUGGCAGCUUGAAUGCAAGCCUGGACCUUGAACAAAUUGCAGUCUCUGAACAUUUUUCAGAUGAAAUGAAUGCAUGGUACAAAGAUCAAAGGAAAAACAAUAAUAACACUAGAGCCAGUUCAAAGAGCAGAUCCACUGCUACAUUAGUUUAG